AUGGAAGUGAACAAAUCUCCUGGAAAGAAACACCCUGACAGCACGGCCACCUCAGACAACCACGAUGGCUGCUCCGUCGUCGCAGAGCACACGCAGGAGGUACCAGUGAGCUUUGGUCUCCUGUCCCUCACAGGCCUAGGCAUCAUCAUCGGAGUUGUCUGGCCUGCAUCCGGCGGUUCAAUCCAAGUUGCUAUCUUCAAUGGUGGAUCCCCAGGUGUUCUAUACGAAUUCAUAGUUGUAUCUUUCUUCUACUUCUUCGUCGCCGCAUCCCUCGCCGAGCUCGCCAGUGCCAUGCCCUCCAGCGCAGGCGUAUACUACUGGGCCUCUGUCACUCCAGGCAAACGAUAUGGUCGUGCCGUCGGAUUCUUCGCCGGCUGGUGGAAUUAUCUUGGUUGGAUUUGCGCUGGUGCAAGCAUCGCUGCUAUAUGGAGCAACAGCAUCAUCCAGAUCUACGCCUUGAAACAUGCCGACUACAUCGUCAAAGAAGUUCAUGUGUUUGUGGUCUUUGUCAUCUCCACAUGGCUGGCCUGCUUUUCGGUCUGCUUCGCAGGUCGGGCAAUGCCUCUUCUAAAUCAGUCCGGCAUCUACUGGCUUCUGAUCGGCCUGCUUAUCACAAUCGUGGUUCUUGCAGCUGUACCUCUUCGAAGCGGAGGAAGUGGCCAUGCGACUUCAUCCUUUGUGUGGCUUGAGUGGCAAGCAGACCUCGGAUACCCAAACAUCAUCGUAUUUCUCUGCGGCAUGCUGAACGGCGCUUACAGUGUUGGGUGUCCUGCAGCUGUUAUUACGGGAUUCAUCACGGGCUUCUCUUAUCUGAUCGCUCUCAUGUAUUCCAUCCACAGCUACGACAGGAUCUUUGCGAGUCAAUUUCCCCUUGCCGAGAUUUACCUUCAAGCAACGGGAUCAGCUGAUGGGACGAUUUGUCUACUCGUGCUUAUGCAAACAUGCAUUGGCCUAACCAUCAUCGGUCUUUACAUCACAUGUGGACGAACCUUGUGGACAUUGAGCCGGGACGGAGCAACGCCAUGGCCAUCGGUAUUUUCCAACUUCAACACAAAGUUCGACGCGCCCAUCAAUGCCACCAUGGCCUCUGCGGUGCUCGUCACCUUGAUGGGAUGCAUUUAUGUGGCAAGCAAGACAGCAUUCAACGCUAUCAUCGGAUCCUAUGUACUCAUGUCUUCGUCGGCAUAUACAGCAGCGGUCUUGCCUCACCUUCUCACAGACCGGAGAAAUGUUGUUUAUGGGCCGAUACGAAUGGGGAGAAAGCUGGGCCUUGUUGUAAACGCGAUCGCGAGCGCGUAUAUGGUGAUUGCUUUCGUUAUUUACUGCUUGCCCUAUUCCUUACCUGUCACUGCUAAGAAUAUGAACUAUGCCUGUCUGGUUUGGGGUGGUUCAACCUUGCUGCUGGGUAUCUACUGGAUGUGGAAGGGGAGGCAUGGGUACAUAGGGCCUAUCAGGGAGACCAACAACCAAUGUAGAGGCGCCAUGAUGUUGGCACCUGAGCCAUAA